AUGGCUUUUUAUAUUUAUAAAUUUGAAUGGAAAGGUGAACCUGAAGAUGAGGUUAAGAUUACAGGAAACUUCAAUGACUGGUCAGAUCCGAUUGAGUUAAAGUACGAAAAUGAUAGGUUUUACACUAUCGUUAAGUCAUCUUCACCUCAAGAUUUGGUGUUUAAAUUCAUCAUCAAUGGUAAUUGGUGUACCUCCGAUUUUUACAGCACUCAUGUUGAUGAACAUGGUAACACCAAUAAUAUAGUCAAAGCAGACGAUUUGACCAUUUUUGAAGAAUUCAAUAAAGAUAGUGAUUCUGAAAAAAUUAAGGGAUCAGAUAAUGUCGGUGUCGCCGAUAGUAGUAAAGGUGGUGAUGUCGUAUCUCCCGAAUCAGGUGAGGAAGUCAGUGGUGAUGUCGUGCCCACCAACAAAACUACAACUGAGAAAAAUGUCGGCAUACAUCAAGUAUUGACCAAUUCUUCUUCAUUCGCUGCAGUUUCAGUACCAUCAAAUGACGAUCCUGAAUCUAUAUCUGAAGAUGUCAAGGCUGAACCUGACUUAUCUGAGUCCACUUCUACCUUGAAUUAUCCUGGUUCUUUCCCUACAUUCCCUGAGCUGAAAAAGAAAGAACCAAGAACCUCUUUGGUCUCAAGAUUCAGAGGUUUAUUCAGAUAA